GAUAACGGCAUUAAGAUGCAUUUUUAUAUUUUUAGAAAUUCAGUUGCCGAUGAGAUACGUUCAAAACGCCCAUUAGCGGUUGAAAAAUGUUUGGAUUGUGCAAAAAAUCGGAAGGUGUCUUCAAAUAUGAAUACCGACGACAGUUGCUGGCAUCAAUGUGCAUUACGAUCACGUCAUUUUGCCAUGGCUUCGCUUUCGGUUGGUUGUCGGUAAUUCUUGCCAAAUUGCAGUCGCCCACAGAGACUGAAUUGGACUUUGUCAUUAAUGUAGAGGAGAGUUCUUGGUUUGGUGGAAUGUCAUCGCUGGGCGGUGUUUGCGGUAAUAUCGUCUAUGGCGGUCUGGUAGACCUUAUCGGGCGUAAAGCUAGCAAUUAUUGCCUGGCAGUGCCUUAUAUAGUUUCUUGGAUUCUCAUAUAUUUUGCAAACUCCGUGGAAUAUCUGUAUGUGGGCCGCUUUUUAGCUGGUGUCACAGGUGGUGGCACAUAUGUCAUCAUACCGAUAUUUAUUGGCGAAAUCGCCGAACCAAAAAUACGCGGUCGCCUAAUCUCACUCUUUUCUCUAACCUUAUAUAGCGGCACAUUAUGUGGUUAUAUAAUAACAGCACGCAUACGAUACCAUUUGAUACCGAUAGUCGGUGUAGUAAUACCGUUAAUUUUUGUGAUAUUUCAAAUAUUUUUCCCGGAAACACCAAUGUUUUUGCUACAACGUGGACGAGAUGAACGCGCUAAAGAGUCCUUGAAGUUCUAUCGGAACUACGCACCGACCACCAAAGAGAGUGCAACGGAAUUUGAAGAGGCAUUCCAAAAGCUCAAGAGCGAUGUGACUAGUCAUCAGGCAAAUGCGAAUACUUUGACAUGGCAUGAUUUCUGUAAUAAACGCGCUGUGAUUGCCUUUGGCAAUGGUCUUGUUCUCAUGUGGCUGAAUGUCUUCUGUGGCUCCUAUGCAUUACUUUACUACACUUCCAGUAUUUUUGUCGCCGCACGCACCGAACUGCAUCCAGACACGAAUACCAUUAUAGUCGGGCUGGUGCAAGUCAUCGGUGUUUAUACGGCAACUAUUCUGGUCGAUAGAUUUGGUCGCCGUCCUUUGCUGAUAUUCUCCUGUGCUGCCACCGGUGUGGGCAUGACGAUAUUUGGUCUGUAUGGUUAUCUCUUGACAAACACCUCGGUCGAUUUAUCGCCUGUUAGCGCUUGGUUGCCGCUGGUGAAUGUUUGCCUCAUUAUGUUCGUGAUCAAUUCGGGUCUAAUACCAAUACCAUUUGUUUUGCUGGUGGAGUUAAUGCCGCCGAAGAUACGCGCCAAAGCGGCCGCCGUUUGCUUGGUGCUAUUCAAUAGCAUCGCUUUUCUUCUUAUGAAAAUGUUCCCGAUAACAUUGGUUGCUUUCGGUCUCUAUCUGCCGAUGUGGUUCUUCGCACUUACAAGUUUUCUUGGCUUGAUUUAUGUAGUGGUCUUCAUUAAGGAAACCAAUGGCAUGUCGCUCAACAAAAUUGAAGCAUGAGUAUUAUAGUUAAUGUAUACAUAGUACAAAAUGUGGAUUUAAUAGUCAAUAAGUGAUAUUAUAUAUACUAAGGGUAAUGUCAAUGUAAGUGCGGAAAUAAAAUGAAAAUUAGUUUUAA